GUCUCUGUUACUGCUUUGUAUUAACCACCCCUCCUCCUCACCCACAAUGAGACUGAUCCAAGCAAACAAAAUCCUCCUCGCGUCGUGCGUCGUAGUCGUCCCUUUGUCAAUCUACGCCGGCGUCGCCCUCAAGGAGCGAUACCUCGCCAAGGAGCUCGCGACCGUGCCAGACGAGUCGCAGAUUGUAAAGGAGCGUGCUGUGCGCGCGCGCAUCGCGCAGCUCGAGCAAGAGCGCAAGGAGCUCAUCCAGGAGGGAAGCGACCUCGACCUCAAGAUUGCCGACCUCAAGAAGCGCAUGGGGCGGGUGUAGGCGGAGGACGCUUGUCUGGCCCAACUCCCCCAUGGCAUUGUCACUGCCCCACAAUACACCUCGCACCGCCGCUAUCUCGGCAACAACAGCACCUAAAGCCCGAAUACAACAGCACCAGCAUCAUUGUACGCAUAUGCAUUUUCCAGCAUUGUUGAG